CCCCUCUGCCUGGAUGAAAGCAUCCUACUCCUGCAUCACCUCUCCAGCACCAGCCUGGGGUUGGGAGGGCUGGAACUCAACCCCCAGGCAGAGACCUCAAGGUGUGUCCUCUGCACUGAAGCCUCAGCAGCUGCCUCUGCUUGUCCAAGAAUUCCAAAGCAAAAUGAAGCGUGUUUCCCAGCUGGAUCUACAGGAGAGGACCCGAACCCAUCGGCUGCAGUUCCGCAGAGGUGGCUGCGUGGGUUUCCAUCCUCCCAGUCUGCCUCCCUCCCUAUAAAUUGGGCUGAACCCAGUGGUCCCACACCAGGCCCAGCAAGGAGCACUCUGCAGCACCCCAGCCUGACUGCUACAGCUCCUCUCCACCCAACAGGACCAUGAAGACCUCCACAGCUGCCCUGGCUCUACUUUCUGUGGCUCUCCUCUGCUAUGAGGUCUCCUCUUCUCCAGCUGCUGUCAACUUUUCCGGUCUCUGCUGCACCCAGUACCACUCCAAAGCCCUUCCUGCCAAUCGGGUGGUGAUGUAUCAGCACACAGACAGCCACUGCCCCCAGUCAGCUGUGAUAUUUACCACGGUGAAGGGCAGGAUGGUCUGUGGCAAACUUGGUGACAAGUGGGUGCAGGACAUCGUGAAUCCCCCUCAGCAGCAGCCAGGCAGUGGAUGAGCAUCCCCUGCUCCCUCUCCAGGCAUCUCCUCUGCAAGGCACCUCUGACACCUCCACGUUCUCUGUGCCUGACGAUUUGGCAGAGUAUUUAAUACAGCGUUCAGCUCUUUUUUUGUGACGGACGCUUUAAUUUAUUUGGCACUGUCAGUGAGUCUUUUCAUUCUAAUUUGUGUAUAGUUUGUGGUGACUUUAUUUUUCAUAUAAUAAAAAGGAGCAAAACCUGCGGC